UCACUCACUUAUUCUUAUUAUUCGACUUAGCAAAAACUGAAAGCUUGAUGUUCAAUUAUAUUUAUUAAAAUUAUAUCUAAGGACCUUGAACUAAACGUUUUCUUAUAUCUUGGGGUGUAAGAGGUUUAAUUAGAAUUUAGUUUAAAAUGUGUAUCAUAAAAUUUGGAAUAUCAUUCAUUUAUAGGUAUAUAUAUUUAGUGAUGUUAGAAAAGUUUUUGAUGGCAAUUUGAUCUUGACUCAAUACAAAAUAUAUUUGGAACCACGAUGAGUAACCCAGGUAGAGGCCUGGCAAAACGUAAAGUUAAGCCAGUUGAACCACAGUCAUUGUUAGACUUUGAUCUUGGCGAAGGGGAGAGUUCCGAUGAUUCAGAUUUUAGGAUCGAGGACCAUCCCGAAGAGAGUGAUGACUACUCUAUAAACACAGAUGAUGAAGAAAAAAAAGAAAAUGCAAACAGUGGUAGUUCAGAUGACCAGUCCGGCUCAGAUAUUGAAAAUGAUUUUAAGAACUCUACUAAUAAAUUGGGUCAAGUGAUAUGUGUUACUGAUUUACUUGAAAAAGCAAACAACAGAGAGUUUAAGUUUCCAGGAGAAUUAGCUAACAUGUUGAUUUGUGCCGGUUGCUUGGGUUCAAGAAGUGAUGACUUUAAUGAAAUUGUGGAAUGUGAUGGUUGCGGAGUUACUGUUCAUGAAGGUUGUUAUGGAGUGUCGGAUGUGACAAGUGAAUCAAGUACAGUAAGUUCUGCAUCAACUGAGCCAUGGUUCUGUGAGGCUUGCAAGGCAGGUGUUACUGAUCCCAACUGUGAACUAUGUCCUAAUAAAGGUGGUAUAUUCAAAGAAACUGAAGUGGGUGCUUGGGUUCAUCUUGUUUGUGCUCUAUAUGUGCCUGGAGUGGCUUUUUCUGAGGUGGAGCGGCUGUCCGGGGUGACGUUAUUCGAGAUGGCGUACUCGCGUUGGGGCGCGCGGUCGUGUGCGCUGUGCGAGGACGCGACGCUGGCGCGCACCGGCGUCUGCGUCGGCUGCGACGCCGGCAUGUGCAAGACAUUCUUCCACGUCACUUGUGGUCAACGUGAAGGUUUGUUAGCGGAGGCCCAUUCGGAGGAAGUGGAACAAGCAGACCCGUUCUACGCGCACUGCCGGCUGCAUUCGGAUAAGACACUUGUUAAAAAACGCAAACGCAACUGGCUGGCCUUGCAACUUAGAACUGAGAAGAGAAAAAUGGAACUUAAAAUGAAUCUCAGCACUGACGAAAAGCUUCGGAUACAAAGAAAAUUGGUUAAAUAUAGAAGAAAGUAUGCACAGCAAAAAGAAAAUAGAAAUCCUCCUUGGGUUCCUACUCAAAAGAUGGCGCGCAUGUUGUAUAGUAGUGCUUCAGCUAUGAGGAAGUUUCAGAAAAAAGCUGAAUGUAUGGGAAUCGAUACACAUGCUUUGGAAUUUCAAGAUGCGCAAAUGGCAGCACUGAAGGACGUGUCCCGGCGGUGGCACGUGCCGCCCGCGUUCUCAGUGGAGUUCGUUGGCUACUACCUGGAGAGGAACAACCGCGUCACUUCACUGCGCAAGUCUCUCGAGCGUCUCACAAAGGAGAACGAGAAACUGUUGAGUGAAGACGACAAGCUCAGAGCUGAUUAUGAUGAGGCAGCACAAGAGAAUACAGAUGCGCUGAAUGAAUUAACUUCAACACGUCAAGCAUUACAGAAGAUUUACGACGCGAUUAUUAUGAUAUCUCCAAAGAAGACAGUACCGUCUGUUAUGGAAGAUAAACCCUUACUGCCGCCUCAGUUGCCAAGAUCGACUCCGAAAGUCACACCACAACAGCUACAAAAGCGGUCAAUGUCUGUGCCCACCGCUGCCGCACUUAAGAUGGGCGUUGGUUUUCCUCUUAGCGACAACCCGGACGCUCGCCAAGGAAAAGUCCUCUCCACAUCGCUUGAAGCCACGAGCGGCGGUCUGGCGGCGCGCGAGUGCGCGGCGUGCGGCCGCAGCAGCGAGCGACAUCUCAUGGCCGCCUGCGACACCUGCCGCCACCACUACCACCUGCACUGUCUCAAACCACCGCUGCAGCGCCCGCCCAAGAAGAGCAAGCUUUACGGAUGGCAAUGUUCCGAAUGCGACAAAACUUCGGAUUCCGAGCCAGAGGUAAUGGAAAAGAAGGUGCCCCGGCGCUCGCGCAUACGUUACAGCAAGGAUGGCACCAUUAUUACCGAACCUCUGAGUCCCGGCAUCGUACCCAACUCCCCGCCGACCAAAAAGGCCCAUAAAACAGAAAAAUCGAAAACGAACGGCCUCGGAAUCCCCGAAAAUAUCUCUCCCAUCAAAGUCACGAUCAAACCGUUCGAAUUUAGUAGCGACGGUCAUGAAAAUACUGAGGUUAAAUCAAAGAAAGAUAAAAAAGCGAAGUCUUCGAAGCAAAGAGAAUACGCGACAUCCGGCGGCGAAGAACAUCCCAUGAAGAAGUUGCACAAGCGCAGUUUUACUUCUCCCACUCUCACAAACACUCCUCUCAUGUCGAUAACUCCUAUAGUCGCCGACAGUCCUAACGACUCUCACAACGAAAACUCGAAUGCCUCCCUCACAACCGCCUCGGGGAAAAAAGAAGACGGCUACUUACCACAGAAUCUCUCGUUCUCCUCUCUACUCGGCGAUGCAAAAGAGAGAGACUCGAAGACAAUCGAGAGUUCGAUAGAGAACACUCUCGCUAAUCUCUCUUCCGACAUCGCGACUUACAAGGCGAAUAGAAAACGUAGGAAAGAGAAGCAUAGGUCGAGAUAUUCUCCAGAUUUGUUGCGAUCUCCCUCUAAACCGCACAAACAUAAGAGAAAAAAGAAGACACAGGAUUUAGAAAAUCCUGAAAUGCCUCAUCCGAGAAUUACCAUUAAGAUCAAGCCCAUUCCAAAGCCGGAUGGUUCAUUAGACACGCAGAUGUUCUAUGUCCCGACUGACAGCAACGACGGCCCACCGCCCGCUGUUAUGAAAAAGCUAUCCAAGCAAGCGACACAAAUAACAGUCCCCGAAUCAGAGGCGCCGAAUGAUUCGCCAUCAGAACCACAAGAAUCCACUGAUACUUCGCUCACUCCUGUUCGUGGUCGUGAGGCUCGCGGACGUCGCAGCGGCGGCGCGGAGAGCGGUGGAGCGGCGGGUGCGCUUGCACCGCUCACGCACUGCGAUGUGUGCACGCAGCCCGGCGACCCCACUAAUCUCGUGAGAUGUGACGAAUGCCAGCGACGUUACCACUUCACUUGCCUGGAGCCGCCACUGAACAAGAACCCGAAGAAGCGCGGCUACUCGUGGCACUGCGCGGACUGCGACCCCACUGACGUGGAGGAAAACAACUGAGCAGUACACAGACAUGCAGAAAUGAGAUGUUAUUAAGUAUUUAAAUAGUGCUAAGCACUUUUUCUUUAUAAGUUCUAUUGGCGAUUUCCUUACACGAAGCAUUUAGUGUAGUUAGUACUUAAGAUUUAAUUCUCAAUGUUGAGUACAUUGAUGUUUAUGUAGUCAUUUGUGGUACUUUCAAUAAAUGUGUUAAGA